AUGGGCGACCGCUACAACAUUUUCUCCCAAAUGGAGCAUCUCCAGUCCAAAUACAACGGAACUGGCCACGCUGAUCUCACCAAGUGGGAAUGGAUGGUCCACACUCACCGCGACAGCUACGCCAGCUACAUCGGCCAUGGCGACCUUCUUUCGCACAUUGCAAUUUGCGAAAAUGAAUCCAGAGCAAGAGUUCAGUUCAACCUGCUGAAGAAAAUGUUCCACCCUUGCGGACCCCCUCCACAGAAACCAAAGUGGAUGGACAUGUAA